AUGACAUUUGACAUCAAAUCUUCACUUCGUCAUGACAGUUUAUUCUGCAUUUCCUUUCUAGAUGUUUCAGGAUACAAACGAGUGUGUUAUUUCACCAAUUGGGCACAAUACAGAACGGCUCCUAUGACGUUCAAAGCGGAGGAUGUGGACCCUUUCCUCUGCACUCACAUCAUGUACGCUUUCGGAAAAGUAGUGGGCAACACCAUUGAUGCUUACGAGUGGAAUGACAAGGGCACGGGUGGUCAGUACGAGAAAAUAAUGAACUUGCGCACCGUGAACCCAGAUCUGAAAAUUCUGCUGGCCAUAGGUGGAUGGACUCAUGGAACCGCACCUUUCACUGCAGUGGUAGAUGAUCCUAACGACAUGGCCGCAUUUGCUGCCAACGCAUUGACUUACCUGAAAACCUACCAGUUUGACGGCUUGGAUUUAGACUGGGAAUAUCCUGGUGGCAAUGGUAGUCCCCCAGAGGACAAACAGCGUUUCACUUCCUUUGUUCAGAAACUUCGCCAAGUCUUUGACGAUGACGGAGUGGUCAACAACCGCGCUCCUCUGUUGCUGACAGCAGCUGUUGCCGCUGGCAAAAGUACCAUCGACAAUGCCUAUGAAAUUGACCUCAUAUCUCGAGAUUUGGAUUUCAUCAAUUUGAUGAGCUACGAUCUUCAUGGAAGCUGGGAAGCCACCACUGGACAUCACAGCGCACUGUUUGGUCGUGCUGGUGAAGUUGGAACGGCUGCUUAUAUGAAUGUGGAUUACGCUGUCAACUACUGGAUCAAUCUUGGUGCACCUCCAGAGAAGCUAGUAUUAGGAAUCGGCUUGUAUGGCAGAUCUUUCACACUGGCUAGUUUCAGUAAUACGGGAGUAGGAGCGUCCGCUGUCGGGGCGGGUUCGCCCGGUACUUAUACCGGAGAAGCAGGGUUGUUGGCUUACUACGAGGUGUGUUACAAUUUGAAAUACAAUGGUUGGACACGACAGUGGCACAGUGAACACAAGGCUCCCUACGCGUAUCACGGGACCCAGUGGAUUGGAUAUGAUGAUGGCGAGAGUAUCAACAUAAAGAUUGAUUAUAUAAAGACUAAAGGACUAGGAGGCGGCAUGGUCUGGUCUCUCGACCAAGACGAUUUCAGCAACAGUUGUGGCGAUGGACCGUAUCCUCUCAUGAACCUAUUGCGAAAUGGACUCUCUGGAACACCAGUGACUUUGACUGUAUUGUCGUCUACCCCACAUUCUUCCUCACAAGCUUCUUCAUUGCCAUUGUCAUCCACCAGUUUUCCACUCACCACUGACAGGCCUCCAGUGCCGGGAUACAAACAAGUGUGUUAUUUCACCAAUUGGGCACAAUACAGAACGGCUCCUAUGACGUUCAAAGCGGAGGAUGUGGACCCUUUCCUCUGCACUCACAUCAUGUACGCUUUCGGAAAGGUAGUGGGCAACACCAUUGAUGCUUACGAGUGGAAUGACAAGGGCACGGGUGACAUCGGUGUAGAAAACAGUGGUGCAAGUUUCUCAUUACCCAAAAGGGUGCUUUUGAUCCAACUGUGCUAA